GACCCCCUUUUCCUUCUCUGUGGUGAGCACACUGAUGGCGGCUUCCAAGCCUGUGGACUCGCAGGCCAGCACCGGCUUGUCCCGGUGGCAGUUGGCACUCGCCAUCGGCGCCCCCGUCGUGUUGGCGGCCGGUGCCUUCUACGUUUGGAAGAAAAGGUCCGUGUCGAAGCGGAGCGAGAGGAAGGCGCCGGAGGGCAGCUCUAGUCCCGUGCCGAAAGAGGGGGCUGAUCGAGCGGAGACCCCGACGGAUAACCAGAGUAUGCUGGAUCAGGCUCAAUCUGCAAAGAAUAAAGGAAACAAGUAUUUUAAAGCUGGAAAAUUUGAACAAGCUAUUCAGUGUUACACUGAGGCAAUAAGCUUGUGUCCUUUGGACCAGAAGCAAGACCUUUCAACUUUUUACCAGAAUCGGGCUGCAGCAUUUGAACAGCAGCAAAAAUGGAAGGAAGUUGCUGAGGACUGCUCCAAGGCUGUAGAGCUCAACCCCAAAUACAUAAAAGCAUUAUACCGCCGUGCAAAGGCUUAUGAGAAACUAGAUAAUAAGAAGGAGUGCCUGGAAGAUGUUACUGCAGUUUGUAUCUUGGAAGGAUUCCAAAACCAACAAAGUAUGCUGCUUGCUGAUAAAGUCCUUAAACAACUUGGAAAGGAGAAAGCCAAAGAAAAGUAUAAGAAUAGAGAGCCCCUGAUGCCCUCCCCACAGUUCAUCAAAUCAUACUUUAAUUCAUUUACUGAUGAUAUCAUCUCACAGCCUUUGCUUAAAGGUGAAAAGCCUGACGAAGACAAGGAUAAAGAAGGUGAAGCUGCUGAUGUCAGGAGAACAGGAAGGUCUGGUUACCUGAAGGCAAAACAGUACAUGGAAGAAGAGAACUAUGACAAAAUUAUUAGUGAAUGCACUAAAGAGAUAGACACAAAGGGAAAAUAUGUGGCAGAAGCCUUGUUGCUUCGGGCUACCUUCUACCUGCUAAUAGGCAAUGCAGCAGCUGCUCAACCAGACCUUGAUAUGGUUAUUAGUAUGGAAGAUGCAAAUGUGAAACUGCGAGCUAACGCAUUGAUCAAACGUGGAAGCAUGUACAUGCAGCAACAACAGUCAAAGCUGUCAACACAAGAUUUCAACAUGGCUGCUGAUAUUGAUCCUCAAAAUGCUGAUGUUUACCAUCAUCGUGGACAGUUGAAGAUUUUACUUGACAACGUUGAGGAGGCUGUGGAUGAUUUUGAUGAGUGCAUUAGGCUGCGGCCGGACUCUGCUCUAGCACAAGCCCAGAAGUGCUUUGCUUUGUAUCGUCAAGCCUACACUGGAAGCAAUCCUUUGCAGAUUCAAGUGGCUGUAAAAGGAUUUGAAGAUGUCAUUAAAAAUUUUCCCAAGUGUGCAGAAGGUUAUGCAUUAUAUGCACAGGCUUUAACUGACCAGCAACAUUUUAGUAAGGCAGAUGAAAUGUACGAUAAAUGCAUUGAACUGGAACCAGACAAUGCAACAACAUAUGUUCACAAAGGCUUACUUCAGCUUCAGUGGAAGCAGGAUUUGGAUAAAGGUUUGGAAUUAAUCAGCAAAGCCAUCGAGAUCGAUAAUAAAUGUGAUUUUGCAUACGAGACCAUGGGUACCAUUGAGGUCCAGAGAGGGAACCUGGCAAAGGCUAUUGACAUGUUUAGCAAAGCCAUUAACCUGGCCAAGUCAGAAAUGGAGAUGGCUCAUCUGUAUUCACUUUGUGAUGCUGCAUAUGCACAGACCGAAGUUGCUAAAAAAUAUGGAUUGAAGCCCCCAACACUGUGAUUAAAAAGUUACUCAUGAUUUACAUUCUUCUGUUAAGCCUUUGAAUCCUUUUCUAACUUGUUGAAUGCCACAGUGAUGUUUGUGAGAUUUGAUAUGUAUUCUAUAUAGUGAUUGAUGAAUGUGUGCAAAAUAACGCACUCAAGUUGACGUACGAAGUGGCACUGAGCAAAACAUUUGUGUUACACAAGCAAGCCACACAAACAUGUUUUAGUUAGUCUCAGAAGGGUGAUCAAUUUUUUUUAAAGAAACCUAUGUACAGUAUGUUUGGAGCUGCCCUUUAAAAGUAUGUUGUGAUAUACAAACAAAUAUAAACAAAAUUAAAUUGUAAUUGUUCAUAUUUUCUGCCAUGAGAAUGAGCAAAAUUUAUUAUUUUAUUUGCAUUUUCAAAUGUUCCCUGUUUAGAUUGCACAAUGUAAUGUCAAAUAUUUAAGACUGACUGGUGGUCACAGUCAAAAGGUUGAGCAUGCAUCAUAUAGUAUACAACUUGAGAUAGUAGUUCUGAAAGUCUGAAUGUACUUACAUUCAUCAUUGAGUUACAAUAUGCUAAACCUUUUACAAAAUUUCCAUUUAAAUACAAAUAUUAUGCAACAGAGCCCUAUUCAAAUUUCUGUGUCCAUGAUAGAUUACAGAGUGAAAAAGAAACAUUUGGUUUUUUUAAGUGGGUAGUUUUCCAGUGUGGAAGAAUACUUGUUUUGCAUUUUUUUCUGUUGACACCCAAGAACCCAAAUAUUUUUCCAUUACCAAUGCUAGAAGGCCAGCUUGGCCUUUGAACUAACUUUUAAAUCUCUUUUAAUAUGUGUUCAGGUGCAAUUGUUACACAAUGAAUUAGAUUUUGAUCUUGCUAAAGGUUCUUUGGCAUAUUUUAAUUAGAGAGAACCCCAAAUGGAAGCAUGUGUUCUUCAUAAAAGCAUUCCAUAUUACCAACGAUUAAAUGGCUGUUAAGUAUGUUGGAAAGUGCACUGAAAAAGUUAUUGAACUGUUUUUUUUGUAAAUGAUAUACAAUGUAAAAGUACCCAAUAAAUACUACAUUCAGAAUGAAAA